UUGAUGAAAUUUUGAAUUGCGUAAUUUCCGAGAACAGUGAAAGCAGCAUUUUCAAUCGCGUGUGUGGGCAGAGAUCAGAAUCAGAGAACUUGAAUUUUCUUCAGGACGCUGACUUUGUGACAAGUCGGGUUUUAUAUUUUACAUUGCCCUUCUUGUGAAACAGUGAAGUAGCUAUUAGCUGGCGAUGUUCUCUUGUGUAGACACGGGGGGGAGGUGACAAACAGCAGUCACCGCUUGUAGACCAGAAAGCGAGCAGUUACAUGGUAGAAGGAUAUCCCGGAACUUGAAACGGUCGGAAACGAGCUAACAUUAGCUAGCUUUUUGUUGACAGUGUGCUUGCUGUCAAAACCAGUCAGACUUCAACCAAAGUACUGGUGGUUUCCUAAAGCUUCUUUCUGACUUUUCUGGGUGGUGGUCAUUUACAUCUCUUCCUAAUUUUAUUUAGACUGCAGUUCGUUUGAAGUUUCUGUCACUUUUAACCACUUGUGGAUCCAGAAGAUGGCAUCAAGAGGCUUCACGGGUCCUCAGAUGAAUCCGAAUAUGAACCCCAUGAAUGUAGGACACACUGCGGGCAUGAGGAUGCCCGGGAUGCCGCAGCCCCCGUCGGGUUACCCCAGAAGCAUGAACAACGCUCCCCAGUAUCCCCAGCGCCCUGGAAUGCCAUCCAACAGAGUGGGAGGCCCCAUGGGGGCAAUGGGGGGUCAGCUGCCUGGGCCCUCCUAUGGUGGUGGUAGCAUUCCCAUGCGGCCAGGCAUGGGACCCCCUAGCAUGGACGCCUCAAGGAAACGGUUUCUUCAGCAGCAGCAACAGCAAGAGGCGCUGGGGGGCCUGAGACGAGGAACAAAAAGACGCAAGAUGGCCGACAAGGUUCUGCCACAGAGGAUCCGAGACCUGGUCCCAGAGUCCCAGGCCUACAUGGACCUCCUGGCCUUUGAGAGGAAGCUGGAUCAGACCAUUGCCCGAAAGCGCAUGGAGAUUCAAGAGGCCAUUAAGAAGCCCAUUAUGACUCAGCAAAAGCGCAAGCUGAGGAUCUACAUUUCCAACACUUACACUCCCAGCAAACCUGACGGAGAGGAGGCAGAGAAGGUGUCUUCCUGGGAGCUGAGAGUGGAAGGCAAACUCUUGGAGGAACCUGGUAAGCAGAAAAGGAAGUUCUCGUCUUUCUUCAAAAGCCUUGUGAUUGAGCUUGAUAAGGAGCUCUAUGGACCUGACAAUCACUUAGUAGAGUGGCAUAGAAUGCCCACCACUCAAGAGACGGAUGGUUUCCAGGUCAAAAGACCAGGCGAUGUGAAUGUUAAGUGCACUCUUCUGCUCAUGCUCGACCAUCAGCCUCCUCAAUACAAACUGGACCCACGUUUGGCUCGUCUUUUGGGUGUGCACACACAAACUCGGGCCUGCAUCAUGCAGGCUCUCUGGCUCUACAUCAAGAACAACAAACUACAGGAUAGUCAUGAGAAGGAGUACAUCAACUGCAACCGCUAUUUCAGACAGAUCUUCAACUGUCCGCGCAUGAGGUUCUCUGAAAUUCCCAUGAAACUGGCAGGUCUGCUGCAGCACCCUGACCCCAUUAUUAUCAAUCACAUUAUAAGCGUGGACCCCACAGAUCAGAAGAAGACAGCCUGUUAUGAUAUUGAUGUGGAGGUGGAUGACCCAUUAAAGGGACAAAUGAACAGCUUCCUGUCCUCCACGACCAACCAACAGGAAAUUGCUGCUCUUGAAAUGAAGAUUCACGAAACAAUUGAGUACAUCAACCAGCUUAAGACAGAGAGAGACUUCAUGCUGAGCUUCAGCAAUAAUCCACAAGAGUUCAUCCAGGACUGGCUGAAGUCUCAGUGCAGAGAUCUGAAGUUAAUGACAGAUGUGACCGGAAACCCAGAGGAGGAGAGGAAGGCUGAGUUCUACCAGGCACCUUGGAUGCCAGAGGCAGUGGGCAGAUAUGUUUACUCCAAAGUGCAGCAGAGAAGACAAGAGCUGGAGCAAGUUUUGGGCAUCCGACUCACCUAAAGAGAUAUUCUAAGUGUGUUUACUCAUGAAAUGUUAACAUUUGAAACUGGAACAAAAGAAUCUAUUGUUGCAGUUGAGAUAAACAAAGCCAUACUGAGUUUAUGGGACCAAAGUGCUAAUUCACUUAAAUAAUGUUGGCCUUGCAUUGUCUGCCGUUUGAGCCUGAUAAGAUGUCUUUGUUUUUCUUAUUGUUGUUUUAAAUGGUACAAAAUGUGGAAGCAGUUUAAGCACUGGUGCAUUUAAGAUGUUUUUAUGGUCCCGCUGUGUGCUAUUUUGAAGCGGUGUCUUUUUACCUUUUAAAGCCAUAACUUUUAGAUAAGGGCAGUACCAGGAACUGGGAGGUAUGGAUUAAGGAUUUCAUUCCAGUGUAUAUAUAAACUUACUUUAAGGCAUUUAUAUCAGAAAUUUAAAUUGUAUUCUUAAAAAAAAAAGAAGAAGAAAGAAAAGAAGAAAACAUGGAAUUUUUUCUAUAAAUAUAAUUUAGCAACGUUAGACGUUUUCUUUUAUUUGGGGUGGGUUUAUGAUUUGAAAUGAAAAAUUGGUGAGAAAGAUGAUUGAACUCACUUGUACAAGAAACCUGUGUGCAGCUGUUUCUCAGCAUUUUUUCCCCUAACUUUUCAUGUUUUCAUUUAUUGGUGUGUUUCAUUGGCUGCGUUCAUAUGUACAGCAAUAUUCUGAUAUUUACCCAGUUUAAAUUUUACUCUAAUACACUUCUAUGUAAAUAACAUCUUCUCAUUACCUUAACCAGAAUACGGUAUUCUGGAUAAGUAAUCAUCAAAAUAAGCUGUGUGAAUGCCGACCUUACUCCUGUUAUGUACACAUUUAAGUGCCUUAAUUGUGAAAUUAUGACCUACCAGAGUUUUCAUAGCACCUGGAAACAAACGCUGCUGCUUUAUGCUUUCAUCUCCACAUAUUAGCAACUUUGUUCUUGUUUUUAAAGGACACAGUCGAUCGUUUUGGACUUGUUUUGAUCAGGUUGCUUGUUUGUCACAGGAUAUGGCAACACCUGCUCCAAAGCAAGGCUGUUGUCCAGAAGUGGAUAGCUGUGGUUAAAUAGAAGAUUUUAAGAGAGUAGAAGUUUUAAAAGAUAUGGAUAUAACAAAGACUUUAAAUGGGCACAAAUAUUUCAGUUGAAUAGAGGAUAAAACAUAGGGAUUAAACUAUUAUUUAAUGUGUAAACAUAAAUAUUAAAUGGAAUUUCCUGUAUGCAACACAUAUUAACACCAUAAUUGGCGCAUUGUCUUAUUUAAAAUAAGGUUAAAGUUAGUAUAUUGCUGUGCAUGCGUACAAAGCCAUUGUUUUAACAUGAAGAACAGGAACUGGGGCACAUUUUGGGGAAUGAGGAGUUCAAUACCUCACAAAAAGGUUCAUAGCUAUUGAUAAAAUGUAAGUGCAGCUGUUUUGUCAAAUUAGCAAAAAAAAAAUAAAUAAAUUUAAUUUAAUCUGAGAUGCUCUUUUGUUAAGCUUUUAAGUUGUUGAAACAUUCUGUUAAUGUGCCAAAAUAUGUUUGUGAGAAAUGUUGUCUGCACAGAUUUUUGUACAGCUUCUAAGAUGUUUGCAUGUUUUUUCAUGUUGUAUCUUUCAAGUCUUUUUUAUAUGCAUUUUAAGUAUUUUUUUCAAUAAAUCUGCUUCUGAAUGUU